GGCUGUCAAUUUGUCUCCAGACGAAGUACAGUGUGAUUCUGUGCAAUUACAUCAAACUCGGUCUGGGCACCGCGCGCUUGAAAGCAUUGCGUCUGCACGACUUUCCAGGCUGGAGAGGAAAUUUACUUGAAAGGAAUGCGAAGAAGGUUUUAGGUUUGGCAUUGAUACGAGGAAAACGAGGAGGUGCGACUUUUUAAGUGGUCAACAUAUAUUUUUCUUCUAUUCAAAGGUGUGUGCCUCCCGCCCCGCCCCCCACCACGGCCCUCACCUGUGUAUUGCGGUGCUUCCCCUGCGAGCCUAGCUGGGCCGGCAGCCCUUUCCUGCACCGCCCCCCCUCCCCGCCCCACCCGAUGGUCAGGAUGACACGCUCCAAGACCUUCCAGGCCUACCUGCCCAGCUGCCACCGAACUUACAGCUGCAUCCACUGCAGAGCGCACCUGGCCAACCACGACGAGCUCAUCUCCAAGUCUUUCCAGGGGAGCCAAGGCAGAGCUUAUCUGUUCAACUCAGUGGUGAAUGUGGGGUGUGGGCCGGCGGAAGAGAGAGUGUUGCUCACGGGGCUCCAUGCUGUGGCAGAUAUCUACUGUGAGAACUGCAAGACAACUCUGGGUUGGAAAUAUGAGCAUGCCUUUGAGAGCAGUCAGAAGUACAAGGAGGGGAAGUUCAUCAUCGAGCUGGCCCACAUGAUCAAGGACAACGGCUGGGACUGAAAGACGAAGCGUCAUCCGUGACUCGGUUUGGGGUUGAAUGGGGGUGGAUGGGAGGGAAGGAGCCGAGUGUGUGGGUGAGUGUGCGACUUUGAUUUACCAUGGACCUCUGUCCUCCCCUCCUGAUGACACACCAGCAGCCUCCAGGGUGGAGGUAGUAGGGGAGUGUGUGUGUGAGGCUGUAGUAGCAGCCUGGCCUGCCCCUCUGGGCUCUGUGUGUGUCUGGACUGGAGGAGGAUGUCAUUGGGGAUGGAUGGACACCACCAGACACACACGCAAUGGCAAGCAAACACACACACACGUGCAUACACACACACACACACACACACACACACACACACACACACACACACACACACACACACGCAUGUCCAAGACCAACAUCCAAGCCUGAUGGGUAGCUCUUUAGAUAGAGAGCCAGGCCAAGGCCAGUAAUGUUGUGUUACUAUCUAUGUUAGGGCGGGUUGACCUGCAGUGUGAGGAGAGACCAGGCCCUGGCAGGGUCAGUAGCCUUGGCUUAAACAGCUGAUGGGAGCUCUCGUCUGUAUGUGAAUGAGAUGGCCUAAGAUGAUUAUCCCCAAAUCCAGCUGAUCGGAUCCACCCAAGGCCGUGCCAGCUGGGACAGUGAUGAGGCCUGGUGUUAAGGUUUGGCACUGAGGACUGUGGGGGCUGGGCGGGGGAAGGGUUGAGGGGAGGCGGGUCAGGGAGAGGGCAGGUCCUGAUUCUGGAUUCUAGUCCACCCUGGUUGUGGGGUUGUAGGUACAGCUGGUUGCACAGACGUGUGAUCCACUCCAGGUCUUACCGGCAGCAGUUUUUGUUGUGCGAAUCAGGAUGAUAGGGAGUGUGAAAGGAUUCAAGGAUAUGUCUAAACUCUGAGAAGAAUAUGAUCAGUCAGUGCUUUGGCUCUCUCCAUUAUCCGUAGAUGCCUGAAAUCAUGUCUUGGGAUGUUUGGAUACUUCAUGUGUUGUGUCUGAUGUAAGUUAAGAUACAUCUACCAUCACCACUUUGGAUUAAAUUUGAACUAUAGAGAUAAACAUCUUUGACUUUAGAAACUCUGAUUUGAACAGGCUUGGAGAUUUGGUUCUAGUGUUUUGGCCUGGUAUGGUAACUGAAAGCAGUUGGGAUGUGGAGGCCUUUAGGAGAUGCUCUUAUGAAGUUCUGAAGCUUUCGUUCAGUCUUGGAUGAUCAUAGCAGUUCAUAGAUUGUUACACACACUCUAAUUUACAACCUGGCCCUCACAUAAAACACUGAACAGAAAAGCCGUACAGUAGACCUGUGGAUUUUUCUAAACAGAAGCCAACUAAGCAACACAACUAAUCAAACCAAUCUCCCUGGUAUCCACGGCAACUGACUGGCAGUCCAGAAUUCCAAGCAGAGGCUGUAGAAGUCCCUAGCACCACCAAAGAACACACCCAUCUACAAUAAAUUGACCAAACACAAGAUACAUUUUUUUUGCUUGGGUCAAAGUGUUGCACAACAUGGGGUUGAGAAUUGUUGUUGAAAGCCAAGGUUAUGGAUAGCCUUUCUGUGAUAUAAUGCAUUAUGAUUUUUGUAAAUGACAGAUCUUAAUAUAUACAUAUAUUAUAAUUUAUGUCAAUCUCUGUGUUACUAAAUGUAAAUAGUAAUAUGUGAUGUCUCUUAUCUAUGAUCGUCAUGAUUAUGAAUAUGAUUUGGAUUCUUGCCAUGCUUUCUCUCUGGUAUAUCCCUCGUCGGUUGAACAAUAUUUACUACUUUUUUACUCUUUUGAAAAUGUUUCAAUUUUAGUGUCUUUUGUAAAGGAGGAGAUAGGAGUGACAAUAUCAUUGGAACUUGGUCAAUUAAAGCAUCACCUUGGUACCUGUA